AUGGUCCAGUGCCUGAGGUUCAGGAUGCUGAGUGUUUGGACUGGGAGUUUUCGGUGGAGGGCAAAUCCUCUCAAAAUCACAUUACGACAACUGCUCGAGGAGUACGAGAACGUCACAUACCCAGUGACUUUGGUUUGUGCGGGAAACAGACGGAAAGAACAAAACAUUGUGAGAAAAAGCAAGGGCUUCUCAUGGGGUCCAGCUGGUGUUUCGACAGCACUGUUCACUGGUGUUGUCAUGAAGGACAUCAUCGAGCGGGCGAAGCCAUUGCGAAGAGCGAAGUACGUAUGCAUGGAGGGUGCCGACAAGCUUCCUAAUGGGUAUUACGGUACCUCGGUAAAGUUGAACUGGGUCAUGGAUCCAAACAGGGGUAUCAUGUUGGCGCACAAGAUGAAUGGCGAGAUGCUAAGGCCUGAUCACGGCAAACCGUUACGAGCUGUUAUACCCGGCCAAAUAGGUGGUCGUAGCGUGAAAUGGCUGAAGAAGCUCAUUGUUACUGCUGAGCCAAGCGACAACUGGUACCACAUUUACGACAACAGAGUUUUACCUACAACGGUCGACCCCGAUGAGGCAGCAAAGAAUUCCAAAUGGUGGAUGGACGAUCGAUAUGCCAUCUACGAUCUUUCUCCUAACUCGGCCAUUGCAUAUCCGGCGCACGACGAAAAGCUUGCCCUUGGUGCAAGUCCAGACUACUACAACGUCCGUGGCUAUGCCUACAGUGGAGGCGGCCGACGUGUCACACGCUGUGAGUUGUCACUCGACAAGGGCAAAACAUGGCGAUUAGCAAAGAUCGACUAUGCAGAGGAUAGGUACCGGGCCUUUGAAGACCGAGAGUUGUACGGCGCAAGACUGGACAUGGACUGGCGCGAAACAAGCUUCUGCUGGUGUUUUUGGAACCUCGAAAUUGCGACCGCAGAACUGAAAGAAGCAGAUGACAUCAUGGUAAGAGUCAUGGAUGAGGCCAUGUGCAUUCAACCAAGAGACGUGUACUGGAGUGUACUCGGCAUGAUGAACAACCCAUGGUUCAGGAUUGUUAUCAACAAAGAGGGAGAUACACUUCGCUUCGAACACCCCACACAACCUGCGCUGAUGCCUGGCGGCUGGAUGGAGCGAGUGAAGAAGGCCGGAGGUAAUCUCACCAACGCAUAUUGGGGAGAGAAGAUUGAUGCGCAAGAGUCUGAGCAUGCUGCCGUCGAACAAGUGCAGGAAAUCAAGAUGACAAAAGAUGGUGUUGACAGUGUCAUCGACAUUGAUGACCUUCGGAAACAUGACAACGCUGGGAACCCAUGGUUUGUAGUCAACGGUGAGGUCUACGACGGUACUGCUUUCCUCGAGGGUCACCCAGGCGGCGCCCAGAGUAUUGUGAGCGCAGCAGGCCAGGAUGCUACCGAUGAGUUCAUGGCGAUUCCCAAAGCGAUGAUGCCAGAGUACCACAUCGACCCCCGCGUAUGGAACAAGACUGUUCUUCACUCCAAAAAGCAUGUAUCCUGGGACACGCGUGUCUUCCGCUUCAAGCUUGACCACCCGGACCAAGCGCUCGGCCUUCCCGCCUGUCAACACCUCAUGAUCCGGCUCCGCGACCCCGUAACCCGCGAAGCCAUCAUCCGCUCCUACUCGCCCAUCAGCCAGACCACGCAAAAAGGCUACUGCGACGUCCUCAUCAAAGUCUACGCCGACACCCCCGACCGAGCAGGAGGCAAAAUGACAAAAGCACUCGACUCCAUCCCCAUCGGACACAGCGUCGACUUCAAAGGACCCAUCGGCAAAGGCAUUGGAGAAGGCGGCACACAAGGCAUUGGCACAUCUUCGAUACAAUGA